CAUGUCACGUCACGUGACCGUGCAUGAGUUCCGCGAACAUGGCGACCAUCGGUGGAAGCCCGGAGAGCACUGUGAGGAAAAGACGUGUGGACAGCAGGAGGACAGAGACGGACCAUGUUCCUAGCAGCGCCGAUAAUGGAGCAGGAGACAACAGAGACACGGACAAAGAGACGCAGCUACAUCCGGGGACUUUCUGGCUCACCCGUGUUGUUCUGCUGCGCUCCGUCGCCUUUAUUUACAUUGUGGCCUUCAGCGUGGCCUACAAUCAGAACAAGCAGCUGAUCGGAGACAAUGGCCUCAUGCCCUGUAAGAAUUACCUAAACAGUGUCAAGCGCUAUGUGGGAGGAAAGAUCGGACUGGAGGCCUUGGCCUACACACCCUCCAUCCUGUGGUUCCUGGACUGGAGUAGCAUGGACGCCAACCUAGAUGGCAUGGCCCUGGUGGGGAUGGCCCUGUCAGGGUUUGUCCUGGUGACGGGAAUGGCUAAUAUGGUGAUCAUGGUCACACUGUGGGUCCUUUAUCACUCCCUGGUCAACGUGGGACAGCUGUGGUACUCGUUUGGCUGGGAGAGCCAGCUGCUGGAGACGGGCUUCCUGGCCAUUUUCUUGUGUCCAGUCUGGACUCUGUCCCAGGUGCCUCGCAGCUGCCCCCCCUCCCUUAUCUGCAUCUGGACCUUCAGGUGGCUCAUUGUUCGCAUCAUGCUGGGAGCUGGUCUCAUUAAGAUCAGAGGAGACAAGUGCUGGAGAGACCUCACCUGUAUGGACUACCACUACGAGACCCAGCCAGUGCCCAACCCAGUGUCCUACUACAUGCAUCGCUUCCCCUGGUGGUUCCAUCGCUUCGAGACGUUGUCCAAUCACUUCAUCGAGCUCAUCGCCCCCUUCUUCACCUUCCUGGGUCGGCGUAUGUGCAUGGUGAACGGAGCCAUUCAGAUUCUGUUUCAGGUGGUCUUAAUAAUCAGUGGAAACCUCAGCUUUCUCAACUGGCUCACCAUUGUUCCCAGCUUGGCCUGCUUUGACGAUGCAUCGCUGGGCUUCUUGUUCAGCCGCGGCUCUGGAGCUCAGCAAUCUGUGUUGGAGUUGCAGAAGGAGAAAUCGGCCGGGCGCACGCCCAAACCCACCAAAGGUACGUUGAUUCGUCGGGUGGUGAACGUUUCUUUGGCUGUUCUCAUUGGCUACCUGAGCAUCCCCGUGGUGAUGAACCUGUUCAGCUCUAGACAGGUGAUGAACACCUCCUUUGACCCGUUGCGCAUCGUCAACACCUACGGAGCUUUUGGCAGCAUCACUAAGGAGCGGACCGAGGUGAUUUUCCAGGGAACUCUGAGCCCGGAUCCCAAGGACCCUGGGGCAGUUUGGGAGGAGUACCAGUUCAGGUGUAAACCAGGAGAGGUUUCCAGACGACCAUGCCUCAUCUCACCGUACCACUACAGGCUGGACUGGCUCAUGUGGUUUGCUGCCUUCCAGACGUACGAGCAGAGCGAGUGGGUGAUCCAUAUAGCAGGACGACUCCUAUCCAACGACAGCACCGUGCUCUCACUGCUGGAUCAUAACCCCUUCCAGGGCAGAGACCCCCCCAAGUGGGUUCGAGGAGAACAUUUCAUAUACAAGUUCAGCCAGCCGGGCAGUGCCAGUGCAGCGCAGGGCCAGUGGUGGCUGAGGAAACGCAUCGGAGUUUACUUCCCUGCUGUGGACCUAGAAGGGCUCAGGGGCUACUUUCAGUCCAGAAACUGGCCCCACCCACAUAUACCGACAAACCGGGACUAAAACCAAACAUAAACCCUGUGAGCCAAUGUUUUCAUAAAGAACUCUUCAAUAAACUCAUCUCUGACCAUG